UCGAUAUAACUUUCGCCCGUCUCUAAUGAAUGGCAGUCAAAGUUAUAUUUUGAAAUUACCUACAUUUUAAUGUAUUUUACUUGCACUAAAUACCUGAUCACAAAUGGUGAGAAUACGUGGAAUCAAGUGUGCGGUGGCUCAUGAUAAUCACAAAUUGCGACAACCGAGCACCACCAUUAAGGAUCCAAGACUCAUAGAAUUUGUGCGCAAACGACGCAUUGAUUUCCGCGCUGAAGAACCAGUGUGCAAAAAAUGUGCAGAGGAGCUAAGGAAUAUUUAUUUAGAGAAACUCAAGCGAGCAGACGAAUUAAAGAGAACUCAAAGAUCCUUAGAAUUGUCCUCAUCAGUUACAGAUGCAGAUGAAACUUAUACUAGUCGACAAAGGCGAGCAGUUCAUGCGGCGAGCAAGAGUGCAACAACGACACCAACAGCAGGAAGCAGUGAAGAACAACAAAAUACCUCGCAAUCAACACUUGAUGAAGGCCCUUCUACUAGUGCGGCAGCUGCAGCUGCAGCUGCUCGAAAACGUAGACAUGUGGUGGCCGAUGACGACACAGAUGGUGAUGAUGAGGACUAUGUGCCUAGUCCGAAUGCAUUGAAUGGCACACGACUACCAAAUAUACAGCCUAUACCCAAGCGAAGAAAAUUUGUGCAUGCAAAUCCAGACGUCCUAAAUAUUUACAUGGCAGGUUUGACGGGCGGAUAAUAAUACGAAUGGACUUAGUUUAAUGAAUAAGGCAAUGAGGUGUGGACUUCAUUUAAACAACUCUUAGAUUAAUCAAUUUUAUACUGUUAUAGUCAUAAGUUAUUGUAUUAAAAAUUGUUAAUGUUUGAAUAUGAAUUGAAGAGAAAUUAACUAUUUUUUUUUACAUAGUUGAGUAGCAGACGAACGAAAUCAGAUGAGUGCUAUAUUAUAAUUUAAUAAUUCAUUAAAUUCAAGUGCCAUUGGUUCCUUAGUUAUAAACAGCAAAUAAAUUAAUUAUAAACACUUGGUUUGUAUAUAAAAAUUGA